UUAGGCUGCUAACCCAAACAUCUGGUACGUAAUCAGUGCUAGAGGUUUAUCCAGUUUAUGCAGACUAUACCCAGUUAGCACAACUUGUUUGGCCCACUUGGCCCAGUAUGCGCUGACCCAGAUCUGACCACACAGUGUAAAGAGUCAAACUAAUGGACGUAGCCCAAAUCCGGCCCAACUACACUGGUUGGGGUGCAGCCAAAGCCGUGUUCAAUGUACCUUGCUAACCUGAGGAUCUGGCCUUGUAGUCUAUCACCCAGCGUGACGGUAGGGAGGCCUUGUUGUAUAUAACUCGACUGAACAUUCUGUGUAGACUCAAUCUAAAGCUGUGAGAAUGAUGGUGACUGGUUAAAGCGGCUAAAUUCAGUUCUCUCUACUUUUCUGCUGCAUUCAUGUUUUUUUUCUUCUUUUCUUAUUUUAUUACUUUUUUGUUUUGCUUUCUUUUUCCUGCUCUUCCAACUUCAAGUGGUCCUUGACCACCGCGUGAGUUUGUUUGGUCUGGACAGUUUCCCAAAAGCACUGUUGGGUUAUAAUGAACACUGUGGAUGCAGUUCGCCACUUAAUUAUCACAGUCAAGCUGAAUCAGAUUCUUAAAGCAGGGGAAGUGAUAAAGUGUGUUGAUAAAGCUGGCUUGAUAAGCCACAGAUGUUCAACAGAAGAGCUAAUGAUGUUCCUCUUGGACAGUCCCUACUUUCAGCUUAUCUGGCUUCACUGACUCUGUUUUGCAGUUACGUUGCAGUCCAGUACUUUUCCAUGAACUUUGAGUUAAAGCAAGGGGUCAAGGUCCAUCAGGAACGUGCUUCACCACCUGUUGAGCAGUCUUGACUUUCAGUGGGUUGAGAAAUCCUUUGUGAAUUGGCCCACUUAAGGUCCGGUAAACUGACCCCACAGUCUCCAAUAAACACCAGCGUUCCAGUGUUGGCAGCUGGAUUUUUAAUGGUUUUUAAAAAAAAAUGAAAAACCAAAUGAACCAGUGUGAAAUGUGGGAGGACGUUCUAGAGCAAUGUGAAUGGAAAUAGAACAUUCUAGAACCAUUUAAAUGGGGAAGACCAUUCUAGAACAGUACACAUGGAGAAGAGCAUUCUGGAAUGGUGGGUGGAGGAGAACAGUGUCAAAGUUCUACACCAUUCUAGAGCAAUGUGAAUAGCUGGUACAUUUUAAAUUAUAGAACAUUUUAAAUGGGGAAAACAAUUCUAGAACAGUGUAAACAGGGUACAACAUUCUGGAAUGGUGGGUGGAGGAGAACAGUGUUGGUUUACAUCAUUCUAGAACAAUGUGGAAAAGGAGGAGACCAUUCUAGAACAGUAUGAAUGGAGAAGAGCAUUCUGGAAUGGUGGGUGGAGGAGAACAGUGUGAAAGGUCUACGCCAUUCUAAAAGGAAGAGAACAUCCUAGAAUGAUUUGAUUGGACAGAACAUUCUAGAACAGUGUGAACAAGAGAAGAACGUUCUAAAAUAUCCCAGCGUUCACACACAGCUUCUGUACACACGCCGAACGUUUGGGUUUGUUGGAGAACGUCGGGUCAGCGUGGCCUUGCAGUGACUCGCUGAACUGCAGUGCGAUUGGGAAACGGUCCUAGACGGAGAACCCCUUUGGUCUUCAGGACUGACCGCGAGGGGAGUUUCUGAGGCUGUUGCCAUGUGGAACCUGACUCUGAACGCUUUAGGAUUGGAGACUGGUCUUAGUGUGUUGUGCGGCCCGGUGGGGCGAAAGCCUGCAUGUCACCAGGUCAAAACAAACCAGCUGAAAAUAGUAACUGUUGGUGAGACGAAAUCCUGUGUACGUUCCUUUAUUAGUGCGCGAGUGAGUUUGUACCCAAAAAUAAAAGUGACCCAAACUUG